GUGUUAACCAUUAUUAUUCCAACGUAAUUUUGCAGUUCAUAUGUGUUUCUUCAAUCGGGUAUAAAAAUCCACGACUCGAGUUUAUCUGCGAUUGUGUCUGACUAAAACGCUCAACGAUGGCUUACAUACAAAUAUUGGCGAUUGUGCUAUGCGCUUGCAUCUUACAGGUAAUCUGAACAUCAUUAAUAUGAUUAAUACAUAAAAUUACCGACGCGCAUAAGUGUAUUACAGAAUAAUCGAAAAUUGGAAAUCAUGUAUAUACAUAAUACAUUAACACAAAUUAUAUAUAGCUAGCUGCUAGGUGUAUAAGAAUUGUCUCGCAAAUCAUUUACUUUAAAAUACUUGUUCUUUUGUACGUAGGUACAUUAUUAUAAAUCAUAAUAAAUACGUAUACAUACACAUUAUACUCUUAAAACAUUAUAUGGAUAUACAAUAACUUUUAAAAUACCAUCACGAUAUUGUAUUAUAUAUACCUACAGAGUGAUCAAUUUAACUUGGUAUUUUAAAAAGUUCCUAUUGAUUUUUCCAAAAAAAUAUUUUUUAAUAAUUUAAAAGAAAAUAUACAGGGUUUUCCACAAAAAUUGUUGGCAAUAAAACUGGCAAUAGAAUUUAGUGCUCAAUUCUUCUGCACCAAUAGACAUUUGGUGAAGAAUAUAAAGAGAGUGAAAAAUUAAGCCUUUUUGGUAAAAUUUACUUGUUAAAUUGAGACCAUGAGUUUAUCGAAUAUAGUGAGAUAAUUAUAAGUAGGCGCCUAAACGUAUAUGUUUUCUUUGUUAAUCGAUUGAAAGACAUUUGUACAAGUGAAUUACAAAAAAUAAAAUAAAAUAAAGAUAGGAUAUUUCUUGAAGGAGAUAGGGUGAGUGUUCAAAUAUAUUAUGGUUUUAAUGCUUUAUAUCAUUGUUUAUAAAAUUGAAGACUUUGUGGCAAAAACCAGACAUCUACAAUAAAUUUGUUCAGGAGAAACAAAAAAAUACUUUAAAAAAUAUUGAAAAAUUGUUUUUAAAAUGCAUUAAAUUCUGAUUCAUCUUCCACUAACACGUAUAUUUCCUUGGUGAUCUUUGACAAAAUCUAAUCUUUGAACUUUCAAAGUUAAAAAAGAGCUGAUACUGGGAACGGGAAUCCAACUAUUAUAGGUGAGAAGUAGGAAAGGUGGGAUACAUAGCUACUUAAUUUAUAUUUGUAAGCAAAGAUGUACCAUUGCUAACUAAAAAAUAUUCGGAGCGAAAUUUGGUUAUAAAUGUUUUGAAUAGACAAAUAUUUAUGAUUAUCGUUAAAAAUUAAUAUGUAUUAAAACUCGUAUAAAAAAAAAUACAUUACACUUAACUUUUUAUUUUUGACCACUAGUUACAACUUAUGAACUAAUUAAACCCCUGUUAAAUUUUCAAGAUAUUCUUUUUGGAUAAAAUUUUCUUACCAAAUAGAAAUGCUUGACAAUUUAAGAUGAGGUUUAUUAAAAAUUGUACUUCGUGGUAAAAAAAAAUGAGCAUAAUAUAGUAGUUAUUGUUUUAUAAUCGUUUUAAGCUUAACCUAACCUAUAACCUUUGAAGGUUCGUUAAGAUGGUUUAUCGUUGUUUACGACUUAUCCCGUUACUUAUAGAUAUAAAUUAAAUAGCUUUAUGUAACCUGCCUCCCGACAUCCAUCUACAGUAAUCAUAUCAUGGUUCAUCUAUAACAGUACCACCUAUCAGUAGUGUAAACUUUUUUAGACUUAAUAAUCCUAACAUAUUUUCCUGUUCUUCCAGAAUAAAAUUUAGAGACAUAAGAGACGACUAUAAUAGGUGUCUCUUAUGAAAAAUCUAAAGAAAAACCUCAAUACACGGAGAUAAGGUGUAAUGGUAUGUUUUGUUUAAAAUCGAAAGAUAAUACUUCUAUUUUUGCUAUUUUGUAUUUUAGCUUCUUCAGAUUUUUAUUUGAUAUUGAUACAAAAUCUUUAGCUUUUGAAACGUGAAAGAGUUUCUCAGUUUCUAACUUUUUUUUUAAUACUUCAUUAUACUAUUAUUAUUAGGUAUUUAUAUUUGUAUUGUUAAUAAUAGGUAUUAUAAAUAAAAUGUUUAUAAUUUAUUGAAACGAAAACGCCAAACCGCCAAAUAAUAUCAUUACCUACGAUAUAGUUCAACAAUAAUAACAAGACGUAAGCAUAAUAUGCUUCAUAUACAGAAUUACCAAAAUUCGGUGUAAGAACGAGACAUACACAGACAUGUCUUGUUGUAUCAACAAAUAAUCCAGACUUCUCCAUUUGUCCAUUUGUAUGUCUGGGGGACCUAAUGAUUGGAUUCGUCUGAUCGUUGUACCAAUUGACGUAUUUUAUUUUUAAUUAGUUGAAAAACUGAUUUUCCCCAAAAUAUGUCUAAUUGUUUCUCCCUGGAUUUCAAAUGUUCAUCAUGCCACUGCCCCUACCCAAACUUAAAAGUGGAAUAAAUAAUCGAAAAACGGAUCGUCUUGCCCUCCUGCAGAAUAUUAUUCUCUUUUUUUUUUAUAAAAAGUGCUUUUACAUUAAAACCAAAUAAAGUUAUUUCUAAUCAGGCUACGUAAACAUAUUUUAUAAUUAUAAAUUAUAAAAGCUAAAUAAAUAAUAUUUUUAAAUGGAGUCGAUGUCCUUUCAGAGUUUAAAAGGAACACGUGGAGUAAAAUUCAACCACUACCGUUAGUCCAAUUUAAAUCUUAAAUUCUUUUUGAAUAAUCGUAUAGGACCUAAAAACAAUAUAUAGAGUGAUCAAUCUAUCAUAAGAUACUCGUUAUCUCGGAAAGUAUUUAAUUUUUUCGGAAUUUGUUUUCUAGAAUAUUUUAGAAACAAGCUGCUCUAUAAUUUUUUCACUCUUAUUUUUGGGGGUAAACCACCUCCUACUUUUGAUUUGCAAAUAGCAACCUAUGUUAAAAAUGUCAUAAAUAGACGAAGGAUUAAUUAAAAUAAAUUCUGGUGUUCAAAUUUUUGAUUUCCGUCAUUUUAUUGGCGAGCUAUUCCACUUUUAAGUUUUGGUUGGGGGAGAGUGGUGGAGUAUCAUUUGUGUAGCGGUAUGGUACGCACCGUGUUAAUAAUGCACCACCACUCUCCCCCAACCAAAACUUAAAAGUGGAAUAUCUCGUCAACCUCUUUUCCUUCUAGCUCUUGAUCGAGUUUCUUCUAUCAUACCUUCAAUUAUUAAACUAUGUUAUUCAUCCUUGUAUCUCAAAGAACACCUUAUCAUUUGUCAUCUUUUCUUUAGAGUAUCCAUCAAUAUUCAUUUUUUGUUUAUUUUCUGUACAUACAUAAUAUAUAAUUCAAAUACAUCUUAAUUUGUUCUUCUUUCAAUUCAACUUAUUCUCUGCAUCUUCUUCCAACACCAAAUUUCUAAGGCUUCUAACAUAUCCUUUAUCUUUUUUGUUUAUUGUCCAUGUCAAAAGAAAAAAUAAAUAGAACUGCGUAAAUAUCGAAUUUCCACAUAAAAAUAUAACAACUAAUAUGCCAAUAAAAAUAAAUUACAUUAUUAAUUUUGUGUUCCGUUUUAGGACGCGUAUGCGCAAAAGCCGACGAUGAAAAAAUCGCCGUCUAAAAGAAUUACCGCGGUUGAUAAACCAGUAAAUUCCAAGUCACUGAAACUAGGGUCCAGCAAUAAAUACCCGAAUUUGACUAAAGUGCAAACGGACUUCUGGAAAGCUUGGAAUUAUAUAAACAACAAGAACCAAUAUGGGAAAAUGGGUACCAGGUCGGCGAGAAACAUGUUCGAACAUAUGGUGAACAAUGAAAGUUUAUGGGCAGCGUUGGUAAAAGCUAUCCAGAGAUAUAAUAAGAUGACCUACAACGAAAUAAAGGCCAAUGAGCACGUGAAACUCAGCAACAUUUUGGGUGAACUUAUGACUUCGCCGAUAGCCAAGGAAGGAGACAUACCGAUGUUUACGAUAGCGGCUAAUGAUAUGUACGAGUCAUUAGUUUACAUACAGUCAGAAACUUAUGAGGCGGCCCUGCUGAAAGCCACAAACGUUGUCAAUAGCGGUUUGGUUGACAAAUUUCUGGAUAAAACCCUACAACUUGUAAUGAAAGUCGAUCUGAAUCCCUUAAAUAUGGUCAUAUACGCCAAUAAGCUCAAAAAACUUCUGGAUUUAGGUGGAAUGAUGCAAUUGGGCGAUUUAUUUUCUAGUGGUGUUUUGGAACUUGCUGACGCGGUCAAAGAAGAAGAACCAAAAACACCCAAACCAAAAAAGCAAACAAGUAAAAGAACAGAAAACCCAAAAAGCAAACAAGUGAAUAAUCAAAACAAUAAAAACAAAAAAAAGGAUUAAUUGCUCGACUAUAAAAUACAUACAUAGGAAUAACGUGUUAUUGUUACGCGAAAUUAUAAUAAUUAUUAUAGUUAAUUAUACUAUACUGUUAAUAACGAUGUAAAAUAUUGUGUUGUUAUUGUUCUAAAGAUAACAUGUUACAUCGAUAAAAGCCCUGUGAUAUAUAUAGAUGUAUUAGAUAAUAUGUUGAUAAU